CACGCCCUAAGAGUAGUAUAUCCGAGCAGCAAUUGACAAGGUCAUUCAACAACGAACCCAACAAGAUAUACGCAGAUCGGAUUUACCACAGUUUAAUUCUUAAUAAAAGGCGCUCCUUUGUUGCUUUUGCCGGCUCAAUUACAGUUCUCCAUCCCGUGCCCACACUUUUUGAUACAUAUCCGCCUUUUAUAGCAGUCUCUUAAUCGCACGUUUCCUCUACCUUUUCCGAGACGUAAAAACGGCUAGGGAAGGACAAACGCUUAUAUCCCAAUACACGGUCUGAGGUUGUUGCAGGACGAAUUAUUCCCAAAACCACCGUUUAUCGUGCUAUUUACAAGAAAUUGGUUUCUCUGAUAUUCCCACCAGUUUUGGAAAUACUACAGUCUUUUUUCUGAAAAAUUUCGGUCUAUUUGGUUCUGUCUGUGGUUGUAAAUGGAAGGACGGCAGAGCAAGGAAGAACAUGGUUCCGUCAAAUCUUGUCCCAUUAUAGUUCCUAAACACAAUAUGGGUGUUCUUGGGCACAAUGUACAACGAUCUGUGUCUGAAUCGUCGGCGGACAGGAUGUCGCUGGACUUGAAACUCGAAAAAACGGUGUCUGAAAGGAUUCAACACACGGAGGUCCCUCAAGCAGCACAGCCUGGCCAACCUUAUGAUCACGGUAAUGAGGAAAGAACGGGGAACGAGGAUCACAUGGAAAUGGAUGAAAAGGAAUCAAUUGAUAUGACUGAACGAAUUCCGAAAAACAAUUUUUGGUUGGUGCUUCCAGGACUCAUGCUGGCAGAUUUCCUGUCAGCUUUGGAUCAAACUAUCGUGACGAAUGCUAUGCCUACGAUUGUCCGUGAGCUUCACGACUCUGCGGAUUAUUCGUGGGUGGAAAACGCAUACGUACUCGCAGAGACAGCGGUGCUGCCUUUGGUAGGAUGCGUCUCGGACAUGGUCGGUCGCAAACCUGUGCUGUACUUUUCUCUUUUCCUCUUCAUGUUCUCAAGUAGCCUGUGUGGUGCUGCACAAAACAUGCUCUGGCUGAACUUUUGCCGUGCAUUGCAGGGUAUUGCCGGUGGUUUGGCCUUGUCCAUCUGCAAUAUCAUUCUGGCAGACAUUACUCCGUUACGUAAGCGUGGUCUCUAUCAAGGUAUUAUCGCUGUGGUAUGGGCCAUUGCUUCUGUCGCGGGUCCUUUGAUUGGCGGUGCAAUCGCGGAAAACACUACUUGGCGUUGGAUUUUCUUCAUUAAUUUGCCUACAGCUGCAGUCAGCUGGAUUAUAUUGGCCUACUCUCUAAACUUAUUGCCUGUUGAAAAAAAAUUCACCUUCAGCGAAUUCCUGAAAGACUUCGAUAUCUCUGGUCUGUUUUUUAUUAUAGCCGGUGUUGUACUUUUGUUACUCGGUCUGUUGUUGGGCGCUAAUUCCAACAAAUGGAAUCGUACAAAUGUCCUGUGCUAUCUCAUCAUCGGAGGUGUCUGCAUGGCCGGUUUCUGUGUGAAUGAAGUUUUAUUGCGUCACCGGACGUCUAUUCUUCCCGUGCGUCUGCUUAAGGAUCGCAGUGUUGUCUGUUUGUGCAUCUCUUCAUUCUGUCACUAUUUCUGCUAUCUAGUUGUUCUCAUCUACUUACCGCUGUUCUUCCAAACCGUGAAAGGUGAUUCUGCUUGGGACUCUUCGCUGCACUCUCUUCCUUGUAUUGUUGCCUGCUGUUGUCUUGCAGCUAUUGCGCCUGUGGUAAUUGCCAUCGUGCAGAAUUAUUGGUACUGUCUCAUUUUCGGUUGGGCUGUUACGGUUGUCGGCUCGUGUUUGCUUGUACGGGUCGGCGCCCAUACGUCCAUUGGUGCCAUCAUUGCUUAUUCCGUCGUGGCUGCUGCAGGUGCCGGUACGUUGUUCGACCCGUCUCUAAUUGCUAUUCAAGCUAGUGCAUCGACAGCAGAUGUUGCCGUCGUUUGUUCCAUGUUCUUUUUCAUUCGUAAUCUCGGUUCCUGUUUUGGCGCUGCCCUGGGCCAAGUAGUGUACAUGCGAGAGCUUUCGAAUUACUUUCAUGGAAAUUCAAAUUACAUGAACAUGACUUACAGUGGAAUCAUGUCAAUAUCCGACUACACGGAUCGUCAGCAUGUUCUUGUUGACUAUGGAAAAAGCUUCCGGGCUAUCUGGAUUCUCAUCGUUCCGUUUGCUUGCAUUGGUUUGGUCUUGACCUUCUUCGUUAAACAGUACCCGAUGACUCGACAUGAAGAAUAUGUUGAUGAUGAAAAGAAACCCGUUCCUCCUCCAGCACCUGCCCCGUGAUUCUUUUUCAAACAAAUUAUGUUUCAUCUUCUGUUCUUCUCGUCGUUAAACAAUCAUCAUACACGCACUAUUAAUCUUUGACAUAUGUUGUGCCGCUCAUACUUGUCAACUUCUACACAGCGACAUGUAAUCUGCCACUAUAAUGACAACAAAUGAUAUUCACACAUUGCAUCUUAUACAUUAUCUAAUUCGGUUCCUACAGUUGCGUUACAGAAACAUUCAAUAGACAAUUCUUCCUCUUUCCAUUCCCCCGAU